AUGGUGCGCAUGGACGACGAGCGACUACCCAAACGACUCUUCUACGGAGACGUCGCGACGAGCUCUCGCCGCCAAGGAGGCCAAUUUCGUCGAUACAAGGAUACUCUGAAGUCCUGCCUGAAGCAUCUGCAAAUUAACCCGACUAACUGGGAAGAGCUCGUCCUCGACCGACCGACCUGGAGGGGAAAAGUGAAGACAGGCGCUGCGAUCUAUGAGGCCAACCGAAUCGCCGCUGCCAAAGUGAAACGCGAAGCACGCAAAUCACAGCUACGCCCCGUCCGUAACGCCGACGUACAACCGCUUCCAAAGUGUCCUCGGUGUAAACGGACAUUCCGGGCACGAACUGGACUCAUCGGACAUCUUCGGACCAACUGCACAUCCCAUACCGCACCAAUCGCCGCCCCUCCGCCCGCCUCUGCAUCGUCCUCUCCACCGUUAACCAACUAUGACAAUUCUUCUGAACCAGCACUUCCGUCCUCCCCCUCCUCCUGCCCCAUUUCACCAACCACGGCCGCGCUGGUGGCCCACACUCACACCAGCAUCACACACAUCUAUGACACAACAACAGACACCAUCCCUCCAAUCUCCGACUCCAGGGGUGAGGACCAGGGCUUCACCUGCCCUCACUGCGACCGCACCUUCACAUCACACAUCGACCUGGUCAGUCACUUGCGAAUCCAUCGCACAUAG